AUGAAACGCGAAGCACUGUCUGAUUUACGUGGCUGCAGUGAUGGUGAUGAGCGACCAGCAAAAGCGCCUCGGCGAGAAAGCCUGAGCUCAAAACUAGAGCUCUUAAAGAGAGAUCGCGAUCACCAUCACGAUCACACCAACGCACAGCAACCGAUCUCUCCAUUUUCGCCUGACUGUGAUAUCAAGCAUCCUGAUCCCCUCGAACACCGAACAACCACUCUAACGUCCGUCACAAAUGCAACCGGCGAGCGUACGGACGGUAUAUACCAGUGGAUCCCUGCACCAUCGGAGAUUGACGCGUUUGAGGUGAUGAGCCAACCCGCGUCGAAACGAUCCCGAUCGCGUUCGAUCUCAACGGAUCGGGGGCGUACUCUGUCGGUCUCGUCGGACAAUAGCGAGAGCAGCUCGGCUCGGGACACCAAGUCAUAUGCAUACCGGGCCGUGAAUUAUGUCACCAUUCUGGAGACCAAAGGAUGCUUCAUGCGACAGUCCUCUGCCGGCCCGAUGCCCGAGGAUAUUGCGCUCUGCGAGCGUCUUCUCAGUCAGCCAAUCCAACCUCCUAACGGCACACUGCUUGAAGACGAGUAUGUCACAGGUUUUCAUGAUGCGUUGCAGAAUCGAUCCGAAGCGCGUCUCUUGGUGGAUCUACAUCCUCUCAUUAUGCCCUCCGCAGAGAAUCAAUACAUUCAGGGGAACCAAUCUUUGAAGGAUGUGAUUGAUGGGUACAAUGACCCUUGGCUAAAGACCGAGCCGAUCUAUGGUCCAAAACCGCAGCCUGAUCACGCGCGAGGCUUGAAAUGGUCAACCUUUUCCGAGAGUCAGCGGCGCAAACUCGGGAUCAAGCCUGACGAGAAAUCACCCUACACGGUACGAGAGGACAUGUACUUUCCAUACUUGACCGCAGAAAUCAAAUGUGGGAACCAGGCGCUGGAUUUUGCCGACCGGCAGAACAUGCAUAGCAUGUGCAUUGCUCUGCGGGCUGUGGUUUCUCUAUGUCAAGCGGUAGGCUGCACAGAAGAGGUGCACCGGCGGAUUUUGGGCUUUUCGAUAUCGCAUGACCUCGGAGGCCUUCGAAUAUAUGGCUACUAUCCCGAGAUUGACGAUGGCAAGGUGUCAUUCUACCGCUGGCCUGUUGCGCAACCCAACAUCUGGGCCAAAGAGACUCGGUGGACAUGUUAUCAAUUUGUGGAGAAUUUGGACCGUGAAUUUCUGCCUAUUCAUACCCACCGAUUGAUGCGGAUACUGGAAGAAGUCCCGGACCCAGACGAAGAUGGUUUCGGUGUCGACGUCGACGAACCUGACUCUCUGGUGUCCAUGGUCGGAUCGCAGGAACGCCCGGGGUAUCGCAGAGCAGCAUCGUCGCAGAGUCGAGGCCUUCAACCAGAGCUACGUAUGAUGAUACAAACAUUACAACAACAAUUGACAGAACAGAAGGAACGAGAAGAGAAGCGAGAGGCGGAACAGAAGGAAAGAGAAGAGAAACUUCUCGCUCAACUAGAACAGCAAAAGCUACGUGAAGAGAAGCGAGAGGUGGAACAGAAGGAACUGCAAGGCAAGCUUCUUACUAUUUUAGGACAGAAAGAUAAGUCGAAAUGA